AUGUCUGGAAAACGUGUAAAAGAAGAUGAAGAGGAAAAUGUUGAUCAAGUUUCUGAUACUGAUAUAGGUCCAGUUUUACCAACAGCAGAAAAUUUACCGAAAAAGAAGAAACGAGGAAACAUUUCUGGUAUAUCUGUAUCAGCCGAUGGAUUAUUAUUUGCUUCAAUUGGGAUUGACAAGUCAUUAAAAGUGUAUGAUAUAGUUAAUUUUGACAUGAUCAACAUGAUAAAAUUAAAUUAUGUACCAAAUAGUGUUUGUUGGAUUCAUAGAAGUGGUCAAGCACAACCUUUAGUCGCAUGUUCUGAUCAUGAUUCCGGGAAUAUUUAUAUUUAUGAUGGUCGAGGAGAUGGUCAACCAUUACAUCGUAUUUUAACAAUGCAUUCAAGCCCUGUUCAUGUGAUGGCAUAUAAUGAACUCUACCAUUGUGUUGUAUCAGUAGAUACAUCUGGGAUGAUGGAAUAUUGGGAACCGGAAGAACCAUUUGAAUUACCAAAAUCAAUUUCAUUUGAAUAUAAAUCUGAUACAGAUCUUUAUGAAUUCAAAAAGGCUAAAACAAUGCCAACAUCUUUGUCAUUUUCCCAAGACCAUGAACAAUUUGUUACUAUGAGCAUUGGAGAUCAUCAAAUUAGAGUCUUUAAAUUUAAAACAGGGAAGAUGACAAGAAAAUAUGAUGAAUCGUUGUCUGUUAUAAGUGAAAUGCAACAGGCUGGAACAACUAUUUAUAAAUUAGAUGACAUGGAGUUCGGUCGACGGUUGGCUGUUGAACGCGAAUUAGAAAAAACUUUACAAGCAAGUACUAUGAACGCAGUGUUUGAUGAAAGUGGUAAUUUUAUAAUUUAUCCUACAAUGCUGGGAAUUAAAGUUGUUAAUUUAAGUACAAAUAAAGUGGUAAGGUUAAUUGGUAAGACAGAAUCACAUCGAUUUUUAAAUAUUGGAUUGUAUCAAGGAGCACCAAAGAAAAAAUCUUUGAUUACUUUGGCAUUGGCUGCAUCUGACAAUCCUUUAAUGAAAGAAAGUGAGGUAACAGACCCCACAUUAUUUUGUACGGCAUAUAAACGAAAUCGAUUUUUUAUGUUUACAACUCGAGAACCUGAUGCUCAAGAUUCACAUAAAGGUGAUCGAGAUGUUUAUAAUGAGAAGCCAUCACGUGAAGAACAAACUGUAGCUACUGCAACGCCCACAAAACAAAAAUUGGGACACACGGCCAUAAUACGUACAACGGCCGGUGACAUUCAUAUCAGACUGUUCCCGGACUAUGCACCAAAGGCUGUUGAGAAUUUUGUUACACAUUCGAAAAAUGGUUACUAUAACAAUGUAAUUUUUCAUCGUAUAAUUAAAGGAUUUAUGAUUCAAACUGGUGAUCCAUUAGGUGAUGGUACUGGAGGAGAAUCAAUAUGGGGAACAGAUUUUGAAGACGAAUUUCAUCAUGAUCUUAAACAUGAUUGUCCGUAUACUGUUAGUAUGGCCAAUGCAGGACCAAAUACUAAUGGUUCACAAUUUUUCAUCACAAUUGUUCCUACACCUUGGCUUAAUAAUAAACAUACAAUAUUUGGACGUGCAACUGCUGGUAUGGAUGAUUUUUUUCUUUAA